AUGAUCGAGGAGAAUGACGUCACGGAAAAGUUCCGCGAUGUUGUUGGCAUGGACAAAGAUGCCCUGUUAGACUCCUGGGAAACAGAUCUGCAUCCGCCGGAUAUCUCAGUGACACAAAGAACCAACGAUACCUCCAACCCGUUACACGAUCGUCUAGUGUCGAUGCGAGCAAAACUUUUCUUGGAGUGA